AUGACUUAUGAUGCUAAAUUUUUUGAUGAGUUGUCUAGUAACACCUGUGACCCAUACAUAACUAGUGCUAAUGGCUUGCCCUCUCCAAUUACUGGUGAGGGCACAAUCUCUCUCACUCCUACUUUGUCCUUGUCUCGUGCGUUACUAGUUCCCAAUAUCCAUUGUAACUUGUUAUAUGUUGGUCGACUACUUGAUACACUUAAUGCUUCUGCUACUUUCUAUCUUACGCAUUACUCUUUUCAGGAUCUCAAGACUCAUGAGACGAUUGGGCAUGUGUCAAAGACAAACAACAAAUUUGGUUAUGGCAUCGUUGCUUGGGACACCAGUCAUUUGGCUACCUUAAGCUUUCAUGCUGGGGUCAAAGUAUUUCGGAUUGAUAACGAAGGCGAAUAUGUGAAUAACACUUUAGCAUCUUUCUUCCUUGCUCAAGGUAUUAUUCACCAAACGACAAUCCCAUUUACUCCUCAGCAGAAUGGUGUGUCUGAAAGCAAGAAUCGUCAAUUACUUAAAGUUGCCCGCUCCCUUAUGUUGGACAUGUCUGUUCCUCAUCAUCUUUGGGGCGUGCUGGGAGAGGGGGAGCAAAUUGGAGAGUCUUGGAUUGGAGAAUAUGUGUUUGAAGAUACUGCUUUUAGGAAGGAAACGACUUGUCGCACUAAAGCAAGUGAUCGGUCACCCAUAUAUGAAGAUGAAACUUGUGGUCCCUGUGAAGAAAUGACUGAUCGCCCUUUGGAACUCGACCAGUAG